AUGGUGCAACAAAUCUCGCAUCAACGGCCGGUACAGAACAGCGAGGUCUAUGUGCUGCGCCAAGUACCACCGUUCCCACCUCUCUCGCCACCGUCACCCAUCACUCCCGCCGAAGAUUUCGACGAUGCACCUAUCGAUGCCCGUAGUCUUACACAACCGGACAUUACGGUUUGUGCUAAGAAGCUCGCUAUCGAAGAGCGUCUCUCGCGGGCCGUCCACGUGAUUGCCACCGAGACUACUGCUCUGCAGCAUCUCACCAAUCUGUAUUCCUCGGACCGUUGCGCGCGCGACGGUUUCACUCGUGCCGUUGACACCAUCACCACCCGACAUGGCAACGGUGGCAAGCUGGUGGUCAUUGGCGUCGGGAAGUCGGGGCACAUCGCCAAGAAACUCGUCGCAACCUUCAACAGCUUCGCCAUCACGUCCGUCUUCCUUCAUCCCACCGAGGCACUGCACGGCGACCUGGGUCAGAUCUCGCGCCAUGACACACUCCUCAUGAUCACCUUCUCGGGAAAGACCCCAGAGCUGCUUACCCUCCUCCCACACUUGGACAAGUCUCUCCCGCUCCUCAUCCUCACUUCUCACAUCCGUCCCGAGACCUGCGACCUGGUCCGCCACCGGCCCGAUACCAUCCUCUUACCAGCGCCCGUCCAUGAAGCCGAGACGGCGUCCUUCGGCGUUGCGGCACCCACAACGUCCACCACCGUCGCUCUCGCCGUCGGUGACGCACUCGCGGUUGUCGUCUCGCGGGAACUCUACCCCUCCGUUUCCUCGGUCUUCUCUCGGAAUCACCCCGGGGGUGCGAUUGGUGCCGCUUUCCAUCAACAACAAAAACAACAACCACCACCACCGGCGGCCCAACCACCACAACCACUGCCCACCGUCAACCUCCCGCCAACCAUUCGCGCCCUUAUGACCCCCCUCAACACCAUCUCUACCCUCUCCCCCUCCCCAUCACACAGCACAUCCCUCACCGGCCUCGACGUGCUCCGCACAGGGUACGCCAGCCCAUCGGGGUGGGUAUGGGUCAACACGCCCUCAACUCCCACAAACGCCACUACCAGCACGAACAGCCACGGCGGCGGGGGAGUCGUCUCGCCGCGUCGGAUUCGACGCAUGGACACCACCGAUCUGGCCAGCACGCUCGACAAACCCGGGUGGCUGGUAACGCCGCGCCGUGCGUUUGUCUCGGUCGCGGCGGAUUCCACCGUCCUGGCGGCGGCGAAGUGGGUGGGCGGGGACGUUGUUUGA